AUGACCAAAUUAAAGUUUCUGUUAAUAAAUCCUAAUAGCUCCAGAGAAAUGACAGAAGAAAUACGUCAUAACAUCAACAAUGUAUAUUCGGAAGAGAAGGAGUUGUCAUUUACGAUAGAAUAUUUUACAGGACCUUGUGAAUCUCCUAUGCAAAUAAGUAACUUUGAAACAAGCAUCCAAAGUCUCAAGGCCUGCCUGCCGUAUCUGGUAGGAAAUUCCGAGCUCCCAUCAUAUUAUCAGAAGUUUGAUGGUAUUUUGGUAUGCUGCUUUUCUGAUCAUCCAUUGGUAGAUGAAUUAAUAAAUAUAGCAAAACAAGAUAACUGGAAUGUCCCCGUUGUUGGUUUACUUAACUCAAGUAUUCAAUUUUGCACAUUAUUAAACGACAAAACUUUUUCAAUUAUUACUUCAAACAAAGAAUGGGUCAAUAUUUUGAAUGAAUCAGUGACCAAUAAUUUUAUUUCAGAAAGGAUUAAAAGAAAGAAUCUGUGGAAGGGAACUGUUUCUACUGAUUUAGAGGUUCUUCAACUACACUCUAAUGAAAAUUUUGAAAAAAUUGUGUCUAUAAUUGAAACAGAAAAUAUUAACAGACUAAAUUCAGAUGUUAUAAUUUUAGGCUGUGCAGGAUUUUCAGGACUAAAAGAUAAUUUAACCAAAAGGUUUGCGAUUAAAAAUAUCAUCUUUGUUGAUACUGUCAUUUUAGGUCUAAAUAUUCUGGUGAUGAUGGCGAAAUCCAACUAA